GUAUCAUGGCCGUCUGCGCCGCGCUCUCGCAGUCUUCCGCUUGGCCCCAGAAAGUUUCGGUUCUGCCCAGCGGUGGACCUACUAGCGCGUGCCACCAUGGGGUCUGACUUCUGCUGACUGGACCCAGGCAGGAGAGCCACAGCCAAGACAGGCAGCCUGAGCCAGUCGCCAUGGCUUCCACCAGUGCGGAGGGCCAGCUCCAAAGGAUCAUCCACGAUUUGCAAGAUGCUGUGGCAGAACUAAGCAAAGAAUUUAAGGAAGCAGGGGAACCCAUCACAGAUGACAGCACCAGCUUGCAUAAGUUUUCUUACAAACUUGAGUAUCUCCUUCAAUUCGAUCAGAAGGAAAAGGCCACCCUCUUGGGCAACAAGAAGGACUACUGGGAUUACUUCUGCGCCUGCCUGGCCAAGGUGAAAGGAGCCAACGACGGGAUCCGAUUUGUCAAGUCUAUUUCGGAGCUCCGAACAUCUCUGGGGAAAGGAAGAGCCUUCAUCCGCUACUCCUUGGUGCACCAGCGGUUGGCAGACACCCUACAGCAGUGCUUCAUGAACACCAAGGUGACCAGUGACUGGUACUAUGCAAGAAGCCCCUUUCUGAAGUCAAGGCUGAGCUCUGACAUUGUGGGCCACCUCUACGAGCUGACUGACGUUCAGUUUGACCUGGCAUCCAGGGGCUACGACUUAGAUGCUGCCUGGCCGACGUUUGCCAGGAGGACACUGGGCCCUGGCUCUUCUGCGUUCAUGUGGAAACCCCCGAGCCGAAGUUCCAGCAUGAGCAGUUUGGUGAGCAGCUACCUACAGACUCAGGAAAUGACCUCCAGCUUUGACCUGAACAGCCCCUUAAACAACGAGGCACUGGAGGGCUUUGAUGAGAUGCGGGUGGAGCUGGACCAGCUGGAGGUGCGGGAGAAGCAGCUGCAAGAGCGCAUACAGCAGCUGGACAGAGAGAACCAGGAGCUGAGGGCAGCUGUCACUUCACAGGGAGAGCAACUUCAGAUGGAGAGGGAGAGGGGUCGCUCUGCAGCCGAGGACAACAUUCGCCUCACUGGCAUGAUGACUGAGCUACAGAAGCAGUGGGAGGUCACCCAGGCCACACAGAGCACCGUGGAAGAGCUGCAGAAGUGCCUGCAAGCUCUGGAGCUAGGUGCCAUGGAGAAGGAGGGAGAUGACCACUCUGCCCUGCGGCGGCUGGAAUCCAUGCUGCACCACCUGGCGCAGGAGCUCGAGGCCAUGAGGGACUCACUGGGCAGGAAGAACCAGCUUCUGGCUAAUGUCCCAGAUCUGCCGGGCAUGGCUGAGCAGAAGGCAGAUGUGGCCCUGGACACACAGGGGCAGCAAGAGCAUAACCUCUGUGCCUCUGCCCUGGCGAUCCAGGAGCUGGGGGAGAAACUUCAAUCCCUAGAACAGGAGAGCACCAAGGUCCAGGAGCUCAAUAGGCAGCAGAGUGCCCAGCUGGAGCAGCUGGCCAAGGAGCUGCAGCUGAAGGAGGAGUCCCGGGCUGGCCUGGAGCGUGUGGUGAGAGAGAUGGCCUCCCUCCAGGAAGAGCUGUCUGGGAAGAGGAAGGAGACAACCCAGCUCCGGCGAGGGCUCCAGGAGUCGCUGGCCCACAUGAGCACCAUGGAGGAAGAGCUGGCAGAGGUGAGGCAAGAGGAGCGGCGGCAGCGAGAGGAGAAGGAGCUGCUGCAGCGGGAGGCCAGGUCCCUGAUACGGCAGCUGCGCCUCCUGGAGACCCAGCUGGCACAGGUGAGCCAGCACGUGAGUGACCUGGAGGAGCAGAAGAAGCAACUCAUCCAGGACAAAGACCGCCUCAGCGAGAAGGUGGCGAUGCUGGAGCGGCUUGCUGCACAGCCGGGCCCAGGCCUGCCCGUGGAGGAUGAGAAGAGAGAGGCUCUGGGCCUGCAGGAGGGACUGGUGGAUGGUACCAAGAUGCAAGGGAGCAGCCAGGAGGAGGAGCUGCAGCAGGCUAACAGGGAGCUGGAGAAGGAGCUGCAGAGUAUGGUGGCACGCAACCAACUCCUGGAGGACAAGCUGCGGGCCCUGCAGGCUGAUUACCAGGCACUACAGCGGCGGGAGGCAGCCAUCCAGGGCUCCCUGACCUCCCUGGAGUCCAAGCAAGCCAGCAUCCGGCAGAUGGGUGACCAGAUGGAGGCCAGCCUCCUGGCUGUUGUGAAGGCCAAGGAGACCAUGAGAGCCCACAUGGCAGAGAAGGAGGCUGCCCUACAGAGCAAGGAGGCUGUGUGCCAGCAGCUGCGGGAGCAGAUGGAGCAGUGCCGGCAGCUGGCAGAGGCCCGAGAAGGGGAGCUCAGGGCUUUGGAGAGCCAGUGCCAGCAGCAGACCCAGCUGAUUGAGACCCUCACAGCAGAAAAAGGCCAACAGGUGCUCAGCCCACCUCAAGAAAAUGCAUCCCAGGAGCUAGCUGCCCAGCUGGCCCUAACUCAGGCACAGCUAGAGGUCCAUCAGGGGGAGGCUCAGCGAAUGCAGGCUGAGGUGGUGGACCUCCAGGCCAAGCUCCAGGCAGUCCUGGGUGACCAAGAGAAGGUGCAGAGCCAGCUGAGUGUGACUGAAGCAACUCUGCAGGAGCACAAGGUCCUUGUGCAGCAACUGAAGGAGCAGAACGAAGCCCUCAACAGGGCCCAUGUCCAGGAGCUGUUGCAGUGCUCAGACCAGGAAGGGACACUGCAGGAGGAGAGGGCCUAUGAGGCCCAUCUGAGGAUGGAGGAACUCCAGACCCUGCAGGAGGAGCUGUCCCAGACUAAAUGCAGCUCCCAGGAAGCCCAGCUAGAACAUGCUGAGCUGCAGGAGCAGCUGCACCGGGCCAACACAGACACUGCUGAGCUCGGCAUCCAGGUCUGCGCACUGACGGCGGAGAAGGAGCAGAUGGAGGGGGUAUUGGCUUGCGCCAUCCAGGAGCUCCAGGAUGCCAAAGAGGCAGCCACAAAGGAGCGAGAGGGCCUGGAACAUCAGGUGGCAGGCCUGCAGCGAGAGAAGGAGAGCUUGCAGGAGAGGCUGAAGGUGGCCGAGGAGGCGGCCAGCUCACUGCCUGGCCUGCAGGCCCAGCUGGCCCAGGCUGAGCAGCAUGCCCAGAGCCUUCAGGAGACUGCCCACCAGGAGCUUGACACCCUCAAGUUCCAACUGAGCACCGAGAUCAUGGACUACCAGAGUAAACUUAAGACUGCCAGUGAAGAGUGCAGGAGCCUCCAGGGCCAGCUCGAGGAGCGAGGUCAGCAACUUCGGGCCGCCCAGGAAGCUGUGGGGAAGCUGGAGGCUGCCCAGGCAGACAUGGGAGAGAAGCUGAGCCACACCAGCAGCCACCUCUCAGAGUGCCAGGCCGCGCUGCUGGAGAGGAACGAGGAGGGAGCCGCCCUGCGCGAGAACUUGGACAGGACCCAGAAGGAACUUGAAAAAGCCAUGACAAAAAUCCAAGAGUAUUGCAGCAAACUCUCCCAGGAGGUGACAGACCGGGAGAAGAAUGACCAGAAGAUGCUGGCAGACCUGGAUGACCUGACUAGAACCAAGAAGUACCUGGAGGAACGGCUGAUAGAGCUGCUUAGGGACAAGGAUGCACUCUGGCAGAAGUCAGAUGCCCUGGAAUUCCAACAGAAGCUCAGUGCUGAGGAGAGGUGGCUCGGGGACUCGGAGGUGAACCACUGCUCCGACUGCAAGCGGGAGUUCAGCUGGAUGGUGCGGCGGCACCACUGCAGGUCAUGUGGCCGCAUCUUCUGUUACUACUGCUGCAACAACUAUGCUGUGACAAAGCAUGGGGGCAAGAAGGAGCGCUGCUGCCGAGCCUGCUUCCAGAAGCUCGGUGAAGGCCCCGGCUCCCCAGACAGCACCAGCUCGGGCACCAGCCAGAGACAGCCCAGCCCCACCCUCUCACCAGCCCAGCCUGGGCUGCAGGUCACUGGAAGCCAAGGCACAAACACAGACUUCAGAUUGCCAGACGACACCAUGUUCGACAUCAUCACAGAUGAGGAGUUGUGCCAGAUACAGGAGUCCGGCUCUUCCUUGCCUGAAACACCCACUGAAACCGAUUCUCUUGACCCAAAUGUGGCUGAUCAGGACACCACAUCAAAUUCGCUAACCCCCGAGGACACUGAAGACAUUACCUUGGGGCAGGAUGCUGAAAUCUGCUUGCUGAAGUCUGGGGAGCUGAUGAUAAAAUUACCCUUCACAGUGGAAGAGAUCGCCAACUUCGGGGAAGGCAACAGGGAGCUGUUUGUGAGGUCUGGUACCUACAGCCUCAUCCCCAUCACCGUGGCCGAGGCAGGCCUCACCAUCAGCUGGGUCUUCUCCUCCGACCCCAAGAGCAUCUCCUUCAGCGUGGUCUUCCAGGAGGCAGAGGACACACCACUGGAUCAGUGUAAGGUCCUCAUUCCCACAACCCGAUGCAAUUCCCACAAGGAGAACAUCCAGGGCCAGCUCAAGGUCCGCACCCCAGGCAUCUACAUGCUCAUCUUCGACAACACCUUUUCCAGGUUUGUCUCCAAAAAAGUAUUUUAUCACUUGGCAGUUGACCGGCCUGUGAUCUACGAUGGAAGUGAUUUCCUGUAGCCUCAGCAUCUGGAUUUUAGUAGCUUUACUUCACCCACGAAAACACUACUUAUCUCACCUGUCACAUAAAACACUAAAACAAAAACAAACAACAACCCAGCCGCUCCAAGGCUGAUCAGCUAUGCAACUCCAACGACCCCCUGCUCCUCAAACCUCACUGUUCCAGGCAGUGUGCUCAGCUCAGCACCAGCUCUCAGCCCCCUGGCUUCCAGGGGCUCAAGCAACAUUUCCAUUGGUAAGGGACCUAACGGUCCCCACACCCGAAGGGAUACUCUGCCAAAGGGUUAAAUGCCCCUGAGGGCACAGUGGUUCCAAGCCUCCUGUGGAGUUUCACAGGCCAGAGGUGAUACUGACUACUGCCCAUGGAGAGAGUUGCCCUGCUCUCCCCGGCCUGGCCCAGGCAUCCUGAGAGACCAUGAGCCGGAUGCCCUUGCCAGACCCUGUGAGGCCCUUGGAUCCCAGGAAGGAACUUCGCAGGGUCAUCAUGAUAGGGCUCCCAGGGGCCCUCCCAAGAUCUCAGCCAGCCUCUUCCCAACAUGUUCCUGUCCUUUUCUGCCCCAGUAAGUUUGAGGUUGCCCCAAACACAGCAAUUUCAGAGGCACCUCCAACUGCACCUUUGUCCUGGGCAAUUCUGUCCACAAGCAGAGCCCUUCCCUCACCCAGGCCUCUCAGCUGCUUGAAAUCUCACCCUAAGAAUCAGAACUGAAGAUAAUCCAGGAAACAGAACCCACUACACUCAGGGCCUGUGGUAGCCACCUGCGUACAGAUGGCUAAAGCCCAAACAAUGGCCAGUGUUCGUCCCACAACCGGAAAGCAGGAUUGUGCUUGGCCUUUAGGUCCCACUUCUCAGCUGAUGGCCUUUGUUUAUAUAAACAGGAGCUUCUGCAUCACCUGCAGAUGCGUUUACUAAUGAUCAUACCCUGGAUGAGAACUACUUUCAGAAACGGACCUUUUAGGUCUGUGGUAACUCAGGUGUAAGCAGCAUAACUCACGAAUCUGCUCUUUGUUCACCUUUUGUUCUCUCCUCCCACCCACCAGCUUCCCCGGUACCCCAUGUGCCUGCUUCCUGCUGCUCAGCCUGGACCUGAGGCCCAGGAGCCGCCUCCCCUGGGGGCAGGUGUUUCCUUUUCCUGUUCGCUGGCCCUUCCCUUCUCCCACUUCAGAAAGCUCACCUUCGAUGGCCUCCUCGUGCCUGUUCAGAGGCCAGCGCCUGUGGCAGGGCCCUGGUCCUUCCGGGUGAGCAGAGCCUCUGCCAAAGCAGCCCACAGUCACCAGCGAUGAGGGAGAGCACUGGCCAGGGUGUAGGAGCUCUGAGUGCUGGCCCGGGCAGCCCUCCCGCUAGCCUUGUGACCAGGUCGUCAUAGCGCCUCAAGGCUUCACUUUGUCAUCCAUAAGCCUGGUCUGACUGGUUUUGAGAGCUUGAGACUGCUUCAGGGCCCCCCGGCUAGAUCCAGCACCGACCCCACAUGCACUGUGCCCCAGUAGAGCCCUACCCUGGGGACGAGUAGGAGGAAAUGGCUUUCGCAUGGACUCAGACCCCUCAUUCUAAUGAGGCUUGGGCACUUCUGAUUAGUUUAAGUGGGGCGUGGGGAAUGGCGACCGGAACCUUCCAGAGAAAAGCUGGACCUUGUAGCCAUCAGAGUCUCUAGCAUUUCCUACUGGCCAAGGCCCUGAUGGUGGUCAGCACCAAAAAAACACAACCAGGCCCCCAGGGACUUCAGAGCCACAUGCUUGUCCUCACAGGCUUGUCUUCAGAGCACAGUAUUCUGCCUUCCAAUCGCCCCACCCUCUAGGAAAUAAUAGCAAGUAGCCGGUUCACUACAUGGAAGAAACGAACAGAAGAGAACCCCAAGCAGUCUGGGCUCUUGUGAGCUUUCCCAGGAUCCCGUGGAGACUGGCCUAGCUGAUGGCCGUCCACUAGUGUCACCACCAUCUGCAGCUAGAACCAAUAUCUAGUGAGUAGCUGAUGUGUUUCCUGGGAAAGGCCUUGGACUUUCCAUCUGACUGGGGUCCUGCAGCUUUAAAAAACCACUUGGCUCUUCAACCCAGACCCACCCCUCCUGGGGAGCCUGGGCCCCUUGUGGUGAGCACCCCUGGAGUGUUGAUUGCAGUUGUGCAAAAGGGCCUUUGCUGUGUUUGGAGGACUGCCCAACCCCCGGCUGUCACAUCCUGCAUCUGUAGCAUAUUUUUUGUGCCGGAUGGACUCCUGUCCGUUGUUACUUUGCUGGGUUUGCUGUGCACUCUGCAGCUGGAAACUAUGCUGGCCUAUUGAAGUGGAGCUUGUGUAGUCAGCUUUAUUAUUUUAACUAGUUCCCAACUUUACUGAGGCUUUAGGGUUGGGGUGCUUUUUAAAAAUGCAAAUGGCAGUGAAUACCUAUCGAAGGUGAUAGCCCAGGCAGUAGAUGAAAUGACACUAGAAAUCCAUAAAGAGGAAACAUCCUUGGCAUCCCAGAUCACUAAAGGAAAAAAAAGCCAGCAGCCCUUGAUGGCCUAGCUCUCUGAAUGGCAGUCACUUGUUUUGUACUGAUACUGGCUGUCUUGUCCACCACAGCCUCGGAAGCCACCACUGAUCAAGCUCCCUGAGAACAUGGCCUGUGUCGGGCACACUCGCCCACAGCAGGGAAACGGUUGUGGGAUCAAGCGUGGCCUCUGGAGCCCACUGCACUCCAGGCUGACUGGUCCAAAAGCAGACAAAUUCUCAAGCAGGAAUAUGGGGCAGAAAAUCCCCAUGGGGCUUGGGAAGUAGAAGGGAAAAGUCACGUGACAAUUCAAAAAUGAGGGGUAGGAUUUUCCAAACUUGUCCAUUGUCACCCACCACCUAAGGUGGCGAAACCAUUCCAGGCUCACAUGAAAGGAAGCCCCCCCAGAUGAAACCUUAGCCUGUGACCUAGGGUGCCGGUUAGAUGUCCACUGGUGCACUUUCACAGGACUUUGGCUUUUUGAAGUCUGCAUUAGUAACCCCAUGUGAGAAUCCCAUCCUCCGCUCAGGGUGUUGAAAAUUACAGCAGAGAAGCCGUUUGUGGCGCUCAGAGCCAAGGAUCACCCCUCACAGCGACCCCUGAGUCAGCCGUCUACCUGGUGAGUCGCCCAGAGGCACUAUAGUGGAACCUUGGGCAAGUUUUUCUCAUUUCAUUGUGAUUCAAGGAAAUGGGAAAGACUGAAUAAAGCCACUCCCCUGUUAAUCACUUUUUAAAAUAAUGAAGCAUAUCAUUAAAUCUGGGGAGGCAUUUCUGAUCAAAAGGCUUCCGUUGAGCCUGGUGACAUUACCCAGAGACACUCCUGCCUUCGGUGGCUGCAUAGCAAUCCCCGGGCCUCAGCUGCUGGGCCACUGACUGGAAUCGCACUUUCAUGGACCAGUCCUCAGCCCUCACGCCUUAUGGGAGGGAUAGUGGGUCUGGGAACCUGGUUCUUUACCUGCCAAAGAAUUAGCCAGAAGCACAUCAAAUGCCAACACCCCACCCCACGGUAGGGGUGAGAAGCUUUUGUAUCCCCAAACAUUUCUUUAUAGCGACUGCUGCACCAUUUGGAAAUGUAUUUUUAACCUCAGGAUUUAAAUAAAUACUGACAUUGAGA